CUCACCCCUCCCCCACGGCCUGGAUCUCCUCUUAGUGAGCAGACUGACAGUCAGAGCCCAGUCACACGCAGACAGUCAAGCUAGCAGGUAGUGGAUUCUACACUCCCCUGAGCAGAAUGUUGCGAAUCAGUGUGUUGUUGGCGGUGCUGGUGGGAGUAGCAGUUGCACAGCGCCAACUCAUCCGUCCAGACCCCCAAGCUUGCAAGAACCGCAUUAAGCAUGCAACAACCUUCAGAAAUGGACACUAUUACUUCUUCUCCUGGACCCACGGUCCCACCAAAGAACACCAGCGUGACUGGCUUGAUGCCAGGAACAUCUGCAGGAAACAUUGUCAGGAUCUGGUGAGCAUCGAAACCGAGGAUGAGAACAGGUUUGUGACUGAGGCUGUCAAGAAUGGCAACAUCCAGUACAUCUGGACCUCUGGCCGCAAGUGCAACUUCGAUGGCUGCGACAGGCCCGAUCUGCAGCCUCCAAUUGUCAAUGGCUGGUUCUGGUCUGGCUCAUCAGCUCGCAUCUCCCCUACCAACAGCACCAGUGGCUGGAGAGGUGGCUGGUCCAGGACCGGAGGAUCUGGAAGACCUCAACCAGAUAACCGCGAGUUCACAGAAACCCGCACCGACGAGUCUUGUAUUGCUAUCCUCAACAACUUCUACAACGAUGGCAUAGUGUGGCACGACGUUGCCUGCCACCACGUCAAGCCCUGGGUGUGUGAAGAUUCUGAGGAACUCCUCAGAUUUGCUAGGUUCACUUACCCUGAGGCUCAGAUCCCUUAAAAUACUUGACAGCAAAAUAUCUUAAUUACAAGGUGUUGUUUUUCCCAGUUCUACACUUAUUCAUACAUACAAACAGCACAUAUGUUCACUUGUAAUGAUGCACAUUACACUAAAUUACUAUACUAAUUAACUUGUACUGAACAGUACUACGAAUUUGAUCCUCUUACUGUAAUAUACUAUAAUGUAAAAACAAGCGCUACACAAAUAGUGGUUUACCUAACAAUAGCCUUGCUCAUCACUAUGCUCUUAACCUCUCAAUAUAUCCUCACUCUCCAUCUCCUGUACCACUUUUUAUAUUCUAAUUAUUUAAUUUUUAAUAAAUAUUUAAGUGAAUGAUUGUCUUCUAAAUUAACAUCGGCUGGACCCGGUUCAACCUGUGGUGUACAUAGAAUUCCAAAUUAAUAAUUCUCAGCAUUCUUGUAUGUCUGAAUAAACCUAUUAUAUUUUUAAA